AUGAAAUCCACAAUCAUUUACAUAAUCCUUCUUAAUCAAGUUAUAUCGCAGACUGUUUUUAAUCCAGUGAAUCGUUUAAACGCGUUACAAGACGCGACCAAAUCGAAUUUUUCCGUUCGCCAAGCGACAACGAGUUCGGAAACGACUCUCGCGGUGUCGGCCGGAUACAAUCUUAAUGUCACCCCGCCCGGCGUCCUCGACGAGACGUUAGCAGCACGAGGGGAAAAUUUCCGAGCAAUCUCACCAAUUUACCCGGUUGAAAAAAGGAAUUCCGAUGAAAAAACCGAUGGAAACGAAGAAAAGUUCAAAUUGCUUUCAUCUCGCAAAGGAAAUUCUACAAGUCAAAUGGAAAAGGAGAAUUACGAUAAAAAUAACACAUCGGAGGCGUCCCAGCUUGUGUGGGAUAAUUGUUUCGAGACCGCCUACAGGGACAAUCGACAGGUGAACCCAAAAGUUCAUUAUGACAUGGAAAAUGCGCAUCGCUUGGAGAUCGAUAAUGGCGAAAUGUUAAAAAACAGAGAAUUCCUGGUGAACAACAAUUCGCUGGCAGUGAAAUCUUGGCUGGAGAAAUACAACAGUUUAAAGAAUUCGAUAAACAUUCGUAAAACGACUACCGGUAUAGACACUGAUAACUUCUUUACAACUACAAUAACGCCUUUCACGGAUGAACCGCAAGAGGCGCCACUAGAUUUUGGUAUGAUGGAAAUAAACUCCGUUCCAAUAAUCCCAAUAACAAAAGAGAUUUUGAAAGAACACGAAUCACCAGAAACGUAUAACGUUACUGUUGAUGUACUCGUGACGGAAAAUAACAUCAAAGCCAGUUAUAGCGACGAUUGGGUAGACGGCGAGGAUAGAACGAAAAUAAAAUUUAGUAGUAUGCCGCACACACAAAACUAUUUGAUUCCGAAAUUCAAACUUGAAGAGGGAUUUCACCCUUUUAGUUUUAUGUCACAGUUUUUUUCGAUGAUUUAUCCGUUCGAUUUUCCCGUCGGUAAGUUCAAUUUUAGACCUUUUAGAUAA